ACAGGUUAAGUGUAACUUUGUCGCCCCCUGGCAUAGAUACUAAGAAACACAUAGCUUGUAGUAGUUUCACUUUUCCUCCCGUGGCUUGUACUGUGUGACGGUUUUUCAAAUCUGGACAUAAGACGCUCGUCCAGCUCUCAAGCAGAUGGCAGAGCCAAACAGGACCAUAAGGGUCUGUGGUCUGCCCACAGACAUGAACCAUGAUAGACUGAGAGACAAGCUUCUUAUCCACUUCCUGAGAAAAAGAAAUGGAGGAGGGGAAAUUCAGUCUAUCAACAUUGUCCAGGCGUCACCUGCUUCUGCUCUCAUCGCCUUCGAGGAAAAUGAAGUGGCACAGAGAGUCCUUCAGCACCGGCAGCAUGUUCUGGAAGUGGAUGGCAGGAAGCAUACACUCACGUUGAGAGAACAUCACGGAAACCUCAACCCAGACGAGGUCGUUUUGAGUUUAUCAGCAACCAUCAACUACACGCAGCUCCCGGGCGGGUUGUUGUCUUUAACGAGACUCCAAGAGAGUCACCCCAAUGUGCAGACAAACUUCACCACCGAAGGAUUCUGCACAUUGAACGGCACCUACUCCAAUGUCCAGGCUGCCUUGGCUCAUUUGCUUGGUUCUUGUGAAGGCCUUCAGCCUAUGGAAAAUGGGUCAUAUCCGUCAGACUUCAUUGAUCUCAGGUCUGAUCAGGCCUCAAAGGUGUCUGUUACCCAGGGCUCAGAGAACCGCAGCAGGAAACCUCAUAAACACAAAGACGAAAGGCUAACAAAUGAUUACAGCAAAACCACACACCGUACCACCAGGUUUCUGGGUCACGGUGCCGAAGGCAGCAGUCAGGUUCAGGGUCCGGAUGUUCGGUCCUCUGGGCCUCCUAAGACUACAGUGGAGGACUUUGAAUCAAUGAUUGUGGAUGCUGGCAUGUUCCAGUACCUGAAGAAAAACUAUCAAAAAGAAUUCCAGAAGAUUCUCAGUCAGAAUGGUGUGGAAGUGGAGGAUGUGACAAACCAGGGAUUGACUACUUUGUUUCUUCAAGUACUACCAGACGUGAGGGAGAGUGGCCAAGACCUGCAGAGACUGGAGAUGGCACAGAAGGCCAUUAGAAGGCUGUACCAGGAAAACGAAACCAGGAUCCGUCAAAUCCAAUUCCCUAAGAGUAAACUGCCGUCAAGAAAAGACCUUCAAAGAGCAAAAGAAAGCUUAGCCGCUCAACUGCCGAAACUUCUCCUAAACGAAGAUGCAGAAAACAUUUACAUCAUUGGCAGCAGUAGUGAUGUUUCAGAAGCCAAGCAGAUCCUUCUCAUGGACCAUGGCAAACUAAAUGCUAAAAAAGAGAGUGUAGCCAGUCUACUUAAACAUACUACACAAGAUACUAGCCCGGCCCAGAAUGUGAGAGCGCCCUCUGCCGAAAGCUGUCCGAAUGAUGGGACGGACCGUCCUCCGAGUACUGACGAGCAUGAGACGGCCGGUGAUGGAACCAGAAGGUGUAAACUAGCAGCUCGAUUCAAGGAUUCGGGACUGGCGACAUUAGCCAGUCGACCAGCCGACCUAAUCUCCCAAAGGUUUCAAUCUUCUGGUAGACAAACAUACGCCGGGCCAACGUUGGGACGGGAUUCUUUGAUAGAAAAGGCGUCGAUUUUAGGAGAGAGGUUCUCCAGAGCAGAAUCCCAAAACACUGGAGUCGACAUCUUGUUUAAAAAUGAAGACUCAGUGAAUUCCUUCACACAGAAUAAAACACAAACCUCAGAUGUGAUGGACAAUCAGCAAAAGCAUUUGACGUUAUCUCUCAGCAAUACUCAUUCCAGUAUGUCAGAACAACCCAAGCUCUCAACAUCAGGGUCGGGAACUUCCUUGAAACGAGCGAGCAGUUUCUCGGGAACAUCUCAGCAGAUGGCACAGGUUUUGAUUCAGAAGACGCAGGACGACAGCAGCAGGACCGCGGUCAAAGACAGAGCCAGGUCUUCCAGCUUCAGCGUCCCAAAAUCUAGUGACAGUGUGUAUAAUGCGGAGAUCACAGUUCCACACCUACUGUGGCAGUACAUUAAAGAAGCCUACAAAUUCCGGCUGGAUACCCUGACCUCUGAUGUCCAGAUGAAAGACAGACACUCAGAUAUAACCAGAGAGCAGGUCGUCACUCUGAGCGGCUCACAGCCUUUCAGAGUGACCUCCUGUCAACUGGAGCUCCAGAAGCUGCUGGACUCUGUGCGCGUUGACUUCUCUGUGCAGGAGUUGAAGCUGUCACAGCUGGGUGUCACCGAUCCGGCAGACGACACUCUGCGAGCCUGUUGCGCUGAGGUGUGCAGUCGCUUCAAGAAGGUCACUGUGCAGGUUUUUAAAAAUGUCUUAUUCCUAAUGGGUCCAAAAGAGCUCUGCUCUAAGGUUGCUGCCACACUUAAGGAGGUCUUCACAGGAAAUUCUAUGACACAACGGGACGCCAGUGAUCCCCCCUUCAACAGGAAUCCCUCCACCUUUUUACAGAGUAAUGAGGAAGAAGAUACUCUUCUGCAGCUCGACAGUGCUGACAGAGCAGUGAGCUGGGGUUUUGGCUGUGAACGUGAGGAAACAGAACAUUUGAAUGGCCAAAUCAACCAGCAGUUACUGAGGAAGGACCCUGUCAUCAGGGAGAAAAUAAAAGUCCCUGGGACAUUGGAGAUAGAUGGACAUAAGCAAGAUAUACAUGUCCAGCACUGUCCAGCAGAAAAUGGUAAAAGUUUGAAGCGUGGGAAUGGAGUGGGGUCAGCAGUUGUCAGUCCAGAUAAAGCUGGAAAGAAAGAAAGAAGCCCACACCCUGUCCUCAAGGACGGCGUCCAGCACAGGCAAGGAGAGACAUGGGAUAUCCCACUGGAGUCCAAGACGGCUCAGCAUAACGUGCGAGACAUCUGUGUGUGUGGGAACAAUGGGCCGUCAGUGGUGAGAACGCAGUGUGGGGCUGUCCUGUGCGCAGAAUGCCUGGACCUGGUGCACGUCCACUGUAGAGUGUGUCAUGAAACAGAUCCAACGCCGUGGGGCAUCCAGGGCAAAAUGAGCCACAACAAACUCAAUUUUAGCAUCCCUGGUCACAGCAAGGACCCGGCUAUCAAGAUCACUUACUGCAUUCCAGAUGGUAUCCAAGGGAGUGAUCACCCAUCUCCAGGAAAACCAUUUCAAGGGGGUGUUUUCGAAGCCUUCCUUCCUGACUGCGAAAAGGCAAGGAAGCUUCUGCCCAGGCUGGAGAAAGCCUUCAGGCAGGGACUUGUCUUCACUGUGACCUACAGAGACUCAAAGGCCAAGGUCACUUGGGACAGCAUUCCACACAAGACCAGCCUACAUGGUGGGAAAUCAGGCAAUGGUUAUCCAGAUUCUUCGUACUUAAAUCGUUUGUCUGAGGUUUUGAACUCCCUUGGGAUUGGCGAGCAACCCACCAUUUUCCGAAAAUAAUCCGGAGUUCAUACUUUCUUGCUUGCUUUAUUUAUAAAAUUGCUGUUCUUUAAAUGUUUCGAGUAGAGUGUUGGCUGUUCUUCAGAUGAAGGCAGAGAUAUUGGAUUUUUGUUUUCCAAAAUGAAGGUCUAAGUCCUGCCUUGAUCUUUUUUAAACAUUCCUAACAUUUAUGCUAAACACCACAAAUAUAAUUUUAUACUUUGUACAGACAUUUCAUACAGUAAAUUGUUGUUUAAUGAACUUUAAAGGAUAAAAUGUGAUUGUUUUUUAAGGACUCUCAGUGUUUGGGUACUCUCCAACAUAGAGAGAGUAUUACUAUCUGAACAGAAAUUACAAAGUUAAACUGUUAGGAUUUCCCCAAAUGGGGUCUGUGGAUAGACUGGGGUCGAGAGACAUUGGUUUGAUCGGACACUUUAGUCGUUCAAAACAAAACAAAAAACAUUGAAGAUCCCUGAUUUAGAUUGUGUUCAACCUGCUCAAAAUAUCAUUACAAAUGCCAUGUAACAUGAACCAAGAACCGAACUGAAAUGCUUUGAGGUUUCAAAACUACUUAGAUGAUUUACUUUUGAAUAGUUUGUUGGACCUGCAGAUUCUACCUGGUAACCUUGAAAAACAGCACCAUGUGUAAACUGCUGAUUUUAGCUUGUAAGGGAGUUGUCACAGGUCAUUGUUUUAAGACAAAUUGUACAUGUAUUUCCUCCUCUGUUUAUAUGUAUAUAUAUAAGAUUGAGCAGCGAAAUAAAAAGUUCAUUUCCUGACAUUUUUUUUGUUAUGCUUUUUUAUUAGUCCUGGAAAACAUGUAAGGCAUAUGGUAACAUCACACACUGAAGCAUCACAAGCUCUAGGGGCCAUGUGGACACCAUGGCACCACGUAGUAAA